AUGCUCACACUGGCCCUCGUGCUCGAUGAGAUUGUCCAACAUUUGCGUCCACUCGACAUCCGACGCCUUUCGCACACAAACAACGAACUGCGAGGCGCCAUCCAGGCCAAGGUCAAGCGUCGCAUUGCCGCAGAGUACCCAUGGAUCUCGCUCGACGACUGGUAUGCUGUGAUUCCAUAUCUGAGUCUGGAAGACGAACCGCUGCCCGGAGAGGCCGAAGCCACGAAUGGACAUAACCACAAGCAGCAGCUGACCCACCAGAUCUCGGCCGCCUUCACACGGCCUUUUAGACCUGAUUCAGCGUCGGAGCAGCCCCGAAAAUACACGUGCUACCACUUCAAGGACGACUCCACGGUGGUCGUACAGCACGUGAUGGAUUGGCACGAAUGGCAGUUCGAGCUUCCACUCUCAUCUCUGGGAAUGGAACAGAAAGAGGUCUACGACAUGCACUUCUCGGCCCACAACGAGACGCUCCACGCCUAUGUUACGCAGAAAGAACGCAUUCUGCUGUUGAAACACACCGCCAGACCCGAUACGCAGCCCGUGGACCACGUACUCAUCAUUCCCACACCUUCUCCGGGCCCCAAAUACGACUGUAUCCUCCGAAUUUACCAGGGACACGUCUUUUACAUCGAAAGGGUCUUCGUGGGCUUCAAUGAAAGGCUUGAUCUAGAAGCUAUCGAAAGAGGAGACUUGAACCUGCUGGAAACAACGCUGUACUCGGUGGACGUGGAGUCCCGAGCCAUCCACCAACUGUGCAGCACAAAGUUGCCGGAAGAGGUGUUUACUAUCCAUACUCGCUCGUUUCGAAACCCAGACGCUCCCAUCGUGCUCAGCAACAGGAUGCUCUACUUGUGCGAUCCCGAUCGAAGCUACCUACUUGUCUUCAACCUGCUGCUCAAGUCCGUUCGGCUGCUACUGCUGCCUCAACACAGAACCUACUCCAGAAACGUGUACAUCGAGAAGGGAAGAUACUUGCAUUUCGUGUCGCCCUCUGGAGGAGUGGCUCUGGAUCUCCAAGAAAACGAGAUACGAGACGUCCACUACGAAUGA